AUGGCACUCGAUGAACAAUCGUUACGAAUUUCACAGAGAAUAUAUUCAGAUUUCUUAGAUGAUGAGCAAAGAGAUUCCACAUAUAAUGAUAAAAUCAAUUCAAUGAUUAAAGCUGAAGGAGUUAGAUUAAUUGUGAAUAUAAAUGAUCUUAGAUCUUGGAAUGCAGAAAGAGCUCUUAACCUCAUUCAGAAAGCUAGUUUGGAAUUAAUUGCCUUCCAGAGAGCUUUAAAGGACAUUGUAAUGGAAAAGGAUCCCAAAUAUGCAAAAUCUUAUGAAGAAUUUUAUAUAGGAUUAGAAGGAAGUUUUGGUAAAAGCCAUGUAACACCUAGAACAUUAACCUCAGAAUUUUUGGGUCAAAUUAUAUGUAUUGAAGGCAUUGUCACAAGAUGCUCCCUGAUAAAACCAAAAGUUGUUAGAAGUGUUCAUUAUUGCCCUGUUACUGGAAAAACAAUUGACAGGAAAUAUUAUGAUUUAUCAUCCCUAGAUUCUCAACCUUCAGUUGGUGUUUACCCAACCAAAGAUGAGGAUGGUAAUUUAUUAGAGACUGAAUUUGGACUUUCAACUUACAAAGACCACCAAUCAAUAACACUACAAGAGUUACCUGAAAAAGCUCCACCAGGACAAUUACCUAGAUCACUGGAUAUCAGCUGUGAUGAUGACUUGAUUGAUAUUUGUAAGCCUGGGGACCGGGUUCAAAUAGUCGGUCUUUACAAAUGCUUACCUGCCAAAAAGGAAGGCUAUACAACGGCUACCUUCAGAACUAUUCUACUUUCCAAUAACAUCUUGGAACUCAGCAAAGAGAUUUCCCCUACGGUAUCUGGUACCGAUGUAUCCUCUAUAAAACGUUUCAGUGAACAAAGAUCGAGAGAUGUUUUCGAAAUAUUAGCUCGUUCAUUAGCUCCAUCUAUACACGGUUUAGAAUAUGUUAAAAAAGCCGUACUUUGCAUGUUAUUGGGAGGCGUAGAAAAAAUUCUGCAAAAUGGUACCAGGCUUAGAGGCGAUAUUAACAUUUUAUUGAUAGGGGAUCCGUCUGUAGCAAAAUCACAGAUAUUAAGGUAUGUCUGGAAAACGGCUCCUCGUGCUAUAUCAACUACUGGUCGCGGUUCUUCUGGAGUAGGUCUUACAGCUUCUGUCGUGGUUGGCGGAGAUGGUGGUGGGGAGGAUUCGCGUCGUUUAGAAGCUGGUGCGUGCGUUUUGGCGGACAGAGGGAUCGUCUGCGUCGACGAAUUUGACAAGAUGGCGGACUCAGAUAGGGCUGCUUUUCACGAAGUUAUGGAGCAAGGCAAGGUCACUGUGGCUAAAGCUGGAAUACGUGCCACGCUUAAUGCUAGGUGUUCUGUACUGGCUGCUGCCAACCCAGUCUAUUCUAGGUAUGAUCAAUACAAAACUCCUAUGGAAAAUAUCGGUAUGCAGGACUCCUUGUUAUCCCGUUUUGACUUGGUGUUUAUAUUGUUAGAUCAGGCGGACUCUGAACAAGAUCAGCGAAUAUCAGAUCACAUAGUUAGGAUCCAUCAAUACCGAAAGCCAGGUGAAAGGGAUGGAUAUGCUUUACCUUUGAAUCUCAACUCUAUGGACAGUAGGCAAUUCCUGUCCACAUUUUCCCUGGAUGAACCUGAAGAAUAUAAUCCUAAUGGUAUGGAUGCCAAUGAUGAUGGUGUAGGAGGGAAUAAGAGGCAUUCAGGUUCUAAUGCGAUUUACGAAAAAUAUGACAAAUUGCUUCAUGGGCCAGAUUAUAGGAAACACCGUAUUCUUAAGUCCCAUUUCUUGAAAAAGUACAUUCAUCUUGCCAAAAACUUGAAACCCCAACUGACGCAAGAAGCAACGAUUUACAUUUCCGAAGAAUACGUUAAAUUACGGUCUCAGAGUUCUGUUAUGAUCGAUAAUAUUGCAAAGACCCAACCUAUAACAGUUAGAACCUUGGAAACUUUAAUUCGUUUAUCUACUGCUCACGCAAAGGCGAGACUUAGUAAGAACGUUGAAUUGAUUGACGCUCAAGCUGCUAUGGAUAUGGUUCAAUAUGCCUAUUUUAAAAAGGUCGUAAAUAAACCCAAAAAGCAUAAAAGUUCUAACAAAAACGCAACCGUAGAUAAUGGUCAGGCAUCUUCCGAUGACGAAUAUUUGAGUGACACCGACUACGAUCGUAUGGAAGUCACUAGACCCACUACUGAUCUAUCGAUAGGAGAUAAUACUUUGCCCGAAGAAGUGUCCAUCUCACAAGAUAUGGAUUUGGAUGUGAAUACUGAAAAAUUACCUCAAAUAAUAGCCGAUGAUAGAUUAAAACAAUUCAAGAAACUGUUGCUAAAAAUAUUCGAUUCUUUCAACUCGGAAUUUGUAGAAUUGAAAUACGUGCACGAAAAUAUCAAUAUAGAUAUAACACCAGAUAUUAAUGAAUUCACUUUAAAUGAGAUAGAUGCAGCAUUGGCUACGAUGUCCAAUGCGAAUCAAAUAAUGUUGGAUAAAGGAAAGAUAUUUCGAAUUUAA